GAAGUGAGAGUGGGCCGAAUGCGGAAAAGAAGAAAGUUGAAAGAUGAUCGCUCACUGUUGUCGUUGUCCUCUCCUACAACGCCACAAAGUGUCAUUAUCCCCCGAGGAAAGUAAUUGGUACUGCGGGAAAACAUAUCCGAUAGAAAUGAGUAUGCAGAAAGUAUUUGUGGUGAAAAGUAGUCUGUAAAUUGACACGACCCGGCGAGCUGUUAGAGCGACAGAGUGAAACUUCUUCCUCUGACAACGAUCUAAGUGGACAAUCUUUGCGCGGCGUGUCCAGCUGUUGCGAGAGCAGGACGUGAAGGUUCGAAACCCGCAACAAGGAGACUAUGGGACCGCCCGUCCACUCGCCGCUUUAACGCGGAAGAAGCGGACCCCGGGUCGGGUUUGGGCCGGCGGCGGCUCCAGUCCCGUCCCCCGGCGAGAAAAUGUGGCUGAACCCGGAGGAAGUGUUGGUGAAAAAUGCGCUGAAGCUGUGGAUCACCGAGAGGAGCAACGCCUUCUUCCUGCUGCAGAGGAGGCGAGGCCGCGGGAAGACCACCGGCAAGAUCAGCGGCCUCCUGGUGGGGGCGCUAGACACGGUGCUGGACUCCAACGCCAGGGUCACGCCCUUCAGGAUCCUCCUGCAGGUUCCUGGCUCGCCAAUAAGUUGGAUCAUUGCAAGCGGAGCCGCCAUGGAGGAAGUGAACAAGCACUGGGACUGGCUGGUCCACAACCUGUUGCACUCACUCUCCGUCUUUGACAACAAGGACGACGUCAGCAACUUUGUCAAAGGGAAAGUGAAGGGUCUGAUAGCCGAGGAGGUCAGAGGUCGCCAGGCUGCCCAAGAAGACGACCCAGAGAAGUUCAGAGAAGCUCUCCUCAAGUUUGAGCUUCACUUCCAGCUUCCUUCUUCCGAGAAGUUGGUGACUUUUUAUUCCUGCUCCUGCUGGAAAGGACGAGUUCCUCGCCAAGGUUUCCUCUACCUCAGCAUCAACCACAUGGCCUUCUACUCCUUCCUGCUGGGCAAAGAAGUCAAGUUCGUCAUUCCGUGGGCGGAGGUGACGCGUCUGGAGCGGAUCUCCGGCGGCUUCAUGACGGACGCCAUCAGGGUGAGCACGCGUCGGCGGCAGAGAGACUUCUCCAUGUUCCUGAACCUGGACGAGGCCUACGGCGUGGUGGGCCAGCUGGCAGACAUCGCUCUCAGACGGCUGCUGGACAGUGAAGGUCUGGAGCUGGACCGAGUUCUGCAGCAGCCGGCACGCAUCACCAAGAGGGUUCUAGAGGAGCAGGCCCUGAGGGAGUACGUGCUGGCUCUGUUCCGCCUCCCUCGCAGCGAAAGGCUCCACGAGGUGGCGUCGUGCGCGGCGUGGACGCCUCACGCCCGCUGCCACACGGCGGGCACGCUGUACACCACCGACAACUACCUGUGCUUCAGCAGCCGCGAGGAGGGCCAGUGUCUUCUGCUCCUCCCCCUUUACCAGGUGUUGUCGGUGGAGAAGGCGGAGAGCAGCCAGGUGUUACCUGAGCCCAUCAUAGUGAGCAUGCGCUCCAAGAAGGCCUUCCAGCUGAUCCAGCUGCAGGACAGAGAGCACCUGGUGGAGAGUCUCACCUGUCGACUCAGGUCUCUGCAGCUCAAACAGUCCACCUUUCGCAGGGGCGCCCACAACAGGACCGCUUCGAGCUGCUCCUACUACACCUUCUACUACCAGGAGGAGGAGGAGGAGGAGGAGGAGGUGGAGGAGCAGGUCCUCCGCAACACCGUCAACAAGCAGGCCCUCAUCACUGCCUUCCAGCACGCCAGCACACACAACACCAAGAUAAAAGAGGAAAGGUCACCUGGCCAAAGGGACCGUAGUCAGACCCAUGUGGUCUGUAAAGGAUGCCAGGCAAGAGCGCUAACACCGCGCUCACCCUUUAGAACAGUGGUUCUCAAAUGGGGGUACUUGAAGAACACUGAGGCGGUGAAGGAGCAGCUGUGGGAAGAUAAUUUCCUGGAGUUCGGCCGUGGCGUCCACAUGUUCCGCACCGAGAAGGUCCAGAGGUUGGUUGCCAUGGGGAUACCCGAGUCUCUGCGGGGCGAGCUGUGGAUGACACUGUCAGACGCCACCUCCGACCUGGAGGCCCACCAGGACUACUACGCCAGCCUGGUGCACAAGUCCAUGGGUCGGAGCAGCUUGGCCACCGAGGAGAUCGAGCGAGACCUCCACCGCUCUCUGCCGGACCAUCCCGCCUUCCAGAACCCCACCGGCAUCGCGGCGCUCAGACGUGUUCUCACCGCCUACGCUCACCGCAACCCCAAGAUCGGGUACUGCCAGUCCAUGAACAUCCUGGCCUCGGUGCUGCUGUUGUACGCCAAGGAAGAAGAAGCCUUCUGGCUGCUGGUUGCCGUCUGUGAGCGCAUGCUGCCUGACUACUUCAACCGCCGCGUCAUAGGAGCCCAAGUGGAUCAGUCGGUGUUCGAGCAGCUGAUCCGCGAGCGUCUUCCUGAGCUGGCCGAGCACUUCCCUGACCUGUCCACCCUGUCCUCGGUCUCGCUGUCCUGGUUCCUCACCAUCUUCGUCAGCGUCAUGCCCUUCCACAGCGCCGUCUGCGUGGUGGACUGCUUCUUCUUCCACGGCAUCAAGGCCAUCUUCCAGCUGGGCCUGGCCGUCCUGGAGACCACUAGCGAACUGCUGUGCCGCAGCUGUGAUGACGGACACGCCCUCAUGGUCCUCAGCAGUUUUCUGGAGCACGUCGGCCGUGAGGAUUCGUCCUCUCAACCUCCCGCGGACCAAGUCCCCGUGACUCGGCUCAUCAACGACGCCCUGGAAAGGUUUGGGGACUUGACCGUCAGGAAGAUCGAGAGGCUGCGCUGCCACCACAGGAUCCAAGUCCUGCAGGCCCACGAGGACACCGCCAAGGACAACACCUUACGAUUGGUGUCGUCAGAAGUGUCGAUGUGCGGCGACACGCUGGCGGACAUUUACGACCUCUUCAAGACAGAACACUUCAUCAGCCUGUACUGGGGCGAUACCAGCAUGGCGGCGGCGGCACAGGCGGCGUCAUGGAGCCGGGGGGGCGUGUCCUACCUGGAGCGCCGCUACCGACUGGACCGCCCACAGUUCAAGAGCCUCUACGGGCUGCUGGCGCCGUGGGCGGGGGAGUCUGGUCGUCACGGCGACACGCUGGCUGACCGCACCUUCACCCUGCUGGACCAGGACCAGGACUCUCUGCUCACCUUCAGGGACUUUGCUGCCUGGCUGGACACUUUGUACUGCGGCGAGCUGAACGAGAGGAUCAAGCUGCUCUACCGCCUCCACUUACCUCCAGCCCUGACUGGAAGUGAGGACUUGUCGUCUGUGAUGCCGGGUGUGUCCACCAGCAGACCUUUGUACGUGAAGGUGGCCUCAGGACUUGGUGAUGGACAGGAGGUGAAGGACUACCAGGAGCAGCUGAAGCAGAUGCUGCAGGACUUGGUGCUGGCCAAGGAGAAAGAUGUGGAGAAGCCGCUGCCGCUCAUGAAGCAGAAAGAGUUCAUCCAGUUCUGCAAGACUCUGUACAGCAUGUUCCACGGUGACCCGGAGGAGAACGAGCUCUUCCAGGCCAUCGCCACCGUCACCAGUUUGGUCCUGCAGAUCGGUGAGGCAGACCACCGUGGCAGAGCACCAAGGUCGAGAGGCGGAGACUGUCCAGAUAACUGGCCGGACAGCGAGUCCAUGGAGAGCCAAUGGACCGUCAGCUUUGCUCAGAUCUUUGCCUCGCUGCUGACUGAGCAGACGCUGGUUAACUUCCUGGAGAAGCCGGGCGAUCUGGCGGUCCGCAUCGCUGAGGCCAAGCAGAAGCAGUACCAGCAGAGGGCGGGGCUUCUCACGCUGCAGCAACGCCACCGCUGAUUCGUGCAAGAUCCGCCAAUCAAAGUUUUCACUCAACUUUUCUAGCAGUCAUCCCUUUAAAUGUCCUUUUCUAACCAGUGACCACACACACACUAACCAGUGACCACACACACACACACACACACACACACACUAACCAGUGACCACACACACACACACACGCGCACACACACACACACACACACACGCGCACACAUUGACUCUCCAUCCCAAGGCAGUAGAAGACGGAGCACAAGACUGAGCCAAGAAAGUCACUUUACUAGCAACACUGGAAGUCUAUUUUUAAAUAAAAUAUUUGCUUGCUUGGCAAAAUUGCAAAACUUAA